AUGUUGUUCUUGCAUGUCAUUUUAUUAGGUGGUGCUUUGUUGAGACAAGUUUAUGGUGCUGAUAUGAUUUCAUCAACUGAAAGUAAUGAAUGUGGUGCCAAUGUGAAUUUAAACCCAAAGAAUAUUUGUGGACGUGAAGAAUUGGAAGCAUUAAAUAAUUGUGCGGGUGAAGCUUUACCCAAAUUAGAUAAAUGUGUACCACGCGAUCCAGCUUGUGAAUGUUGUGCAUUACAAAGUAUGAAACGUGAUUGUUAUGGGUUAUGUCUAGAUAAUCCACAUGGUGAAUUCUUUAAUACUAUGUAUGAUGCUUGUGAAACGUACACUAAGGCUAGGGGUGUUGAUCCAUGUGAUUUACCAUUUAAAAAAUAUGAUUCUGAUACUACCAAUCUUUUUGAUUUUAUAUUACAAUCAACACUUAAGAAAUUGAAUCAAAUAGUUCAAAAGUUUCACCAAUUAUUACAAGGUUAA